AUGGACCAUGGAGGGGUCAUGGCCGAGCUCCUGUUGAAGGUGCACCUCACCUCACACCCCAUGUACCUGAGUAAUCUUGGGCCCUUGAUGUAUGAGGACGAGCACCAGCGCACGUGGCUGCAUUUUUUCAUGGAGACAGGAGGUGUCCUGCAAGUACGGUUGUGCCAGAUGAACAUCCAUAGUGGGCAUAACGCAUUCACCACCAGCCCGCUGACCUCGAGCACCAUGCCUUCGAUGUGGACGCUCCACCUUGAAAGCCAGUACCUGGACUCCAUGGGCCGGUUUUGGCGCAUUGUGUACCACGUCAAGGAGGAUGACAUGGAGGAAAUGAUCCUUGAACUGAUGUACGACUAG